AUUGAGUGUGUGUGUUUCAUCAGGUUCAUUUUCGUAGAUUUUAAUCGUGGACCUAUAUAUUCCGUGUUAACAUGGGCGUCUUAUGUUCUAUGGUGCUGUGUGCAAUACUUCUGGUGCCUACAUGGGCUGUACUUCCUGGCUACUUUGGUUAUCCUAUAGCUCCCCCGUUUUCUAGUGUAAUCACUCCGCAAUAUGAGGCACAGCCCCUUUUUGCAUACUCUGUAUACACAGCUCCUACUGCUGCUGCUGCUGCUGCUGCUGCACCUCUGGCAAUACAAAUAUAUACCGCACCAGACGAUAUUUACCGAGGCUAUUCUUUCCAGACUGAAUAUGAGGGGGGAGGUAAAAGUGAAGUGGUCUUUGUGACUGGUCCACAAGCCAAUCAGCUUUUGAAAAAAUCGGUAGAACUCUUCCGCACAACUGUACCAACUGAAGUUGAACAACCUACAGGUCGAUCAUUAAGUUCAAAUACUACAAACACUUCUACACCUGCAGGUCCCUCUACUUCAAAUGACCCCCUCACUUCCUACUACCAUGUUCAACUCUAUCCUGCUCAUACAUCCCCUUUCAUAGGAUACACCCCUCCACUUCAGAACCUUAUAUCCUCCUUUGCCUACAGUGUAACUAAUGAAAUUGCCAAUUCAGUCAAGGAUGCCUCUGUGAAUGGUGAAGAAGCACAAGAAAGCAUGAUCUAUGGUGACAUUUUAAUAUCACCAGCUCCAGACACAUCAACUGAAAAAAGCCAGAAUGCCACAACAAGCGCACCACAAACCACAUCUCAAAUUCCAUCUGAGGAAACUACAACUACAACUACAACUACGACUACCACUACAGCUACAACCACCUCUACAACUAUAACCAGUAGCAAUGCCACAGUUACUUCAAACCCAGAAUCCUCCACAAGCAGUAAAACUCUGGCUGAAGAAACAAAUGAAGUAUCAGACUUAACUACAACUACUCAUGCAUCUGAUGAGAUAAUGGAAACAACCAGUGCUUGAAUAAACUUCUCAAUAAAAGUGAAUACAUUCUUAUCUUCAGAAUGUGACUAAAGCUUAAAUAGCAGUGGGUUAAGUGUGGUUUCACCAUGUCACAUUAUUUGUGCAAUAAUGGAAUGUCAACAGACUUUCAUACUAAUACACCCAUACUUCCUGUCCAAAAAAGCACUUCAGGUUCACAACUGGUACCACCAUUUCCCUGUUGUGGCUGAUGAUUAAAACUUUUAAUGUUUUUACUUGCAUGAAAGAAAAAAAUUCUUAAAACUAUUUGCAUUAUAAAUUCCAAAAAUCUUUACUGCCUGUAAAUUCUUUUACACGUUGCAUUUGGUGGCAUGUUAAUGCUACAUUCCAUGCUACAAGACAUUGUGUCUUGUCAUAAAAAUUGAGAUAUAUGGUCAUAUACUUCUAAAUAAAUAUGCACUUAUUUGGUGGCAAGAAAAAAUUCCUAAAAUAACUGAACCUGAAGAAUAUUAAAACUAUAGUUCCUCUCAGUCUCUUUUGAGAACUGAUUAAUUUUUAUUCAUUAACAAGGUAAGACGAGAUGAACUUCUGAAUUUGUGAUUUUUUUAAACCAAAUUCAGUAUCCAGCCUUUCGAAUGCCUUCCAGAGGUCAAGUCAGAAAUGAAGUCCUGUGUGUCUCCAAAUAUUCUGAGACUCUAUAUAAAUAAAAAUUGUUAAUAAACUGAAAUCUAAAACAUCUAAAACUUUAAAGACAUCAGAGUUUCAUAGUGUGUGCUGCUUUCCAGGAAUGCAUGCACACCCACACACACUCUUUCACAGGGUCUUUCUUGAAAAACCAUACUGCCUGACUCUCUUACUGAUUGUUGGCCAGAACUUUCAGCAUCACUCACCCCUCCCCAAGGAAAGGGGGUCUAAACUGUCAGCUAAUAUGCCCCACAUUAUAAACAAAACAUGCAUUUCUUAAAGUAACCAAAUUGUUCAGUAGAACUCAGCAUCACAGUGCAUGCUCAAAAUGCUUCCCUUCUGAUCUUAAACCAACUUCAAGUCUCUUGAAAAGAUUGUUUGACUUUACUUUGACUUCAUUGAUCUCAACAGAUAAUUGUUUCAGAGAUGUGCUUAAAUUCAUCCAGUGUAUGGGGGCUAUUUGAAUGAAUUUUAUUUUUAGUUUCCCUGCCGAUAAAAAAUCACAGGAAUUUAGGUCUAGAGGCCUUGCAGGCCACAAUCUGUGAUUUAUCAGUCCAUCUUACAACACCUCACUUACAACAUUAAUGGUGUAACUAGCAGUGUGUGCUAUAGCACAAUUUUGCAUACAAUAAUAAUUCUUCCCUAGUUCAAAACAAUGGGAGGGUUGGGGGGGGCAAAGACUGACACCCACAGUACUGCUCUGUUCAAAAACAUAGGUCCCAUUACUGAAAAAUUGUUAAUACAUCCCAGAAAACACAGUCGUAUCUCAACUGUUCAUACCUCAAUAUUUACUUUUCCAACAGCUAAACUGGUAUGUGCAUUGAGUGAGGUAAGAAAAAUGAGGAGACAAAAAAUCAAUAUGAUCAAACAGAGAGCUUUCACUCAGAUAUUCAUAUCUAAGAAGCAUGUGUUCAUAUCUCAAGAAGUGAGUCACAAUGGAUAUCAUAUGCAAUUGAUAGACAUUUGAUAACUCAGGGGCUCGUUAUAUUUCCUCCCUUCCAUUUUCAUCUUUCUUUCUCCCACAUCUUCAUUCUUUCUUCAUGUUAACAUUUUCUAUGAGUGUACAAAAUGGAUUUAAGCAUAUCUGGAAAAGCAACAUUAGAAUCCAAAAUGGACUCCAUCUCUAAAAUUGACCACUAUAAUUUUGAAUGUAUAGAAACAGAACUGGCACCCAUAUAACUUCUUGGUCCAUAUAAUCAUUCUGUACUUUCAUGAGUCUUCACAUCUGCCUAUGUAUCCCAUUCCUGAAUGACUGUUCCAGUACUAAUAAACACUUUCAUUUUUGGGUGGGCAAGUGGAACCAGCAUUUUUGUGUAUGUGUUCAAUGUAAGGCUAUGUAUUCAGUUAAUGCAAACUGUAGAUUAUAAAGAAUCAAACCUCUGCAUACUAAGUGGAUAUACAAAACAGCUUAUUUAAAAAACAGUAAUAAAUCUAAGAGAAUGGACCUAUCUUGAACCUAAACUGUGACUGGAUACCUGUUGAAAUGUACAGCUCUGAAUGUAAAAUUAUUGUGUAUACUGCAAUGCUCUCCUUUCCAACAUCCUGAAGCUAAAUUCACCCUAUACUAGUAAUAAGCUUUCAUGGAUGUGCAAAAAUGAUGACAAAAUUAAUAAAAGCAUGUAAUGUACAUAUACUUUCAAUGAUCUUAAAAAUCUGCUAUUCAAAAUAAUUUUGACACAUCUGGUGACAGUGUAAUAACUUUUAGGUUAUUGUAAAAAUCCUGCCAAGGCUCUUGUCAGUGUAUAUAUGAUUUCUGCUCACCUCAGCAUUAUGAUUCUUGAAAACAAACACUCUUCUUGUUUGAUAAUAACUCAUAAUUCCUCCUUAUUCUUUACUCUCCUCUAUAUUUGCCCUGCCCCUUCUUUCUUUUCUUACACCAUUUGGCAACCUCCUUCUUCCAGCUCAACUUCUUCAUGAUUUAUAUACAACAGUAUAUCCAUUCAUUACUCUCACUGAUAACAUAGGCCUGGACAGUUGUUCUUGUCAGAAUAUAUUUGUCAUUAUAUGCCAAAAUUCAACACUGCCAGGUUUUACAUCUCCAGUCUAUAAUACACUUAGUACAGCGCCCAACAUUUGGUUACAAAAAUUAAAAUUACAUACUGCAUGAUAAUAAACUAAUAUGAACCUUCAAGUAUAACACGUAGUAGUAAAAAACUUUACUUGGAUAAAAGAUGUUUCAACCCUAUACGGCCAUCAUCGGGGCUUAUGUGUUGAAGAGGAGAUUGAUUAGUACACAUCAAUUUCUAGCAGUAAUAUUUACAUUGUUGAUGGACUGUGUGUAGUGUGCAGAUACUGUGGCUUCUACUGGCAUUCCUUUUUCUAUAAAGAUCUCACACAGAACAUGAUUGAUAUUACAUUACUACUUCAUUGUCUGUCAGUUCCUUGGAAAGGUGUGCUGUGCUAGUGAUGCAGUUGGUGUCUAGGGUGUCUCGACCACAUCACCAGCACAGCACACUGCAUACUGCAGCAAGGGAUUGCAGAAAAUGAAGCAAAAAUGUAUAACAUCAAUCAUGUAACUUGCAGAUAUUCUGGCUUUUAUUGGUGUUUCUUCUCCUAAUGUGACUACAUUUUACAAUUUACUACUAGGCACGUGAGCACACACACACUAGUGUCCACAGUUACAUCU